CCCCCCGGGCCACCGCCCCUGUGCGCGGACCCGGGAGCGGGUUGCCAUGGAGACCCCGUCAUCGCCAAGGCGGCGCGCCGUCUCAGGUGCUGCUGCUGCUUUACGCCCCGGAAUUAGUGCGGUGGGACCGGCGUGCUCGUCCGGGAGAAUUACCGGCAUCCAUACCUCCGUGGGAAAAAAAAGAGGCUGGCAUUGGAGUCAGGUUUCUGUGAGCUCUGAACAGCCGAAAGGCCAUACAGGACAUAUAGCCGGACCAUAGGGGCGUACAGCAUGUGGCGGCUGACGCACUUGACGCUGUUGUGCGCUGUCACAGCAUUCUUGUAUACAGGGAUGGCGGCGGCGAUGCAGAUAACAUCCACGGGCCCCCAGACAAUCCAGAAAGCCCUGGGGGAGGCAGUCACUCUGGGCUGCACCUAUUCGCCUGGAGUCUCUGACACAGGGGAGCUGGACAUCGAGUGGUCCAUCAUUAGCCCGGACAUGACGCAGAAGGACCGACUGGUCCUGUCAUUCACGGGCGGGCAGGUGUUUGGAUACGGGCCCUCCGGCAGGAUGCAGCAGAUGAACUUCAGCUCCCCGAAUCCAGCCAAUGGCGACGCCUCGGUCACCCUCACGAACCUGAAGCCCUCGGACACGAGCACCUACCAGUGUAAAGUGAAGAAGGCCCCUGGUGUGGACAUGCGCAAGCAGACGCUGGUGGUGCUGGUGCCGCCAUCGAUGCCAAAGUGCUGGGUGAAUGGUGAUGAGGAGAUCGGCUCUCCGGUGUCGCUCCGCUGCACAUCCUCGCAGGGCUCCAUGCCGCUCACCUACCAGUGGACGAGAGAGGACGGGGGUACCCUCCCCAGCAUGGCCACCCAGAACCCCGGGACAGGAGAGCUGCUGAUUCGGAACCAUUCGGAGAGCUUCACCGGGAGCUACAUGUGUGAGGUGAAGAACAACGUGGGCCAGGCGCAGUGCAGAUACAACCUACGAGCUUACCAGCCUACCAAUAAAACCGCAGUGAUAGUGGGCGCUGUGAUUGGUGCCCUGCUUCUGCUCCUCCUCCUCCUCCUGCUCAUCUGGCUUCUGAUUUGCUGCUGCAAUAAGCGUCGCUACGAGAAAGAAGUGGCUAAUGAGAUCAGGGAGGAUGCCGCAGCCCCCCCCCCCAGCCGCCCCUCCAGCCGGAACUCCAGCUUCCGCUCCGUCAUGGGUUACCGCUCGCACCCGGGGGUGAUCUACAGUUCUGUGAAGAUGGGGCCAGAGCACGGCCAUGGACGCCACACGCCCCUGCCCAGCGGCCACGGGCUGAGCUACGACAACCAAUACGGGUACCCGGUGUGACCAGGCGUGUCAUGUGACCAGGCAGAGCAGGGGGCGGGGCACUGAGGUUACCCACAAGACCCUUCCCACCCUGGGCGUGGCCUCAGCAAAGCACUCUUAUUCUGAAGAUCCUAGGACGCCACCUACCUGCAAAGUCAAGGACACAAUUGGACUAACUUUUUUUUAAAGGUGAACUGGUUCGUCUCUGUACCAUGUGAUAAAGGGACAUCUUUCGAAGAACAUAUUUUUUUAACCUUGUAUAUAUUAUUACUGGCUGUAUAUAUGUAAACUUGUAACUUGUACUGAUGUAGCAGUUUGUUUUUAUAUUUACUACUGUGGAGAACAAACUUGAAACGAUUACAUGACAUAUUGCUGAAUGUCAAUUUUUUUCACCAAAUUCAUGAGAAGUUACUUUCCAAAAUUGAGAAUGUAAGGGUGUUAUGUGGUACUGCGUAGGACCUGUAAGGGUGUUAUGUGGUACUGCGUAGGACCUGUAAGGGUGUUAUGUGGUACUGCGUAGGACCUGUAAGGGUCUUAUGUGGUACUGCGUAGGACCUGCGAGCAAUAGGGUGACCACCUAAUCCAUGUCAGGGAGGACACUGAGCUAGGACAGGGUUUGCAAACUACCGUUACAAUUAAAAAGACCUGGAUUCUGGAUUCCACUUUAGCACUGAGUUCUUGCUGUGUGCUGAUUGGUCAGUCUCCUAUUAUCACGCAUGUGUCUUUCAAUCAAGGAAAGAAACCAGUCGAAGCACAAGAAGAGCUGAACUAUUUAGCCAAGCAUAUGAGCCUUUCAGUUUUGAAGUAGAUCAUAGUAAACCCCCCCCGACAUCGAUUAGGUGGUCACCCUAGCGAGCAGGUGUUCAGCACUGAUGGUAUUUAUGCUCUGUUACUGCUCAUGAUAAAAUGAUCACUGUGUAACAACCAUUCCUGUGUACUAAUUACAGAAAUGUCUGAAAUUGCUGCCACUGCCAGGCAUAUACAGCCUUUAAUCCAGCAUAUAAUAAUAAAAUGUAGAGCAAA